AUGUACCAGUCGCCCACGAUAUCCGCGUACUUCACCACACAGGGGUAUCUCAUACCCAUCGUGUCCGUUCUCGCCGUCGCCAGCCUGCCCCGAGACAAAUUCACACAGACCUUGAUCCUCGACGUGCUCUUCAUCUGCGUGGCCGCUGCCGUAUCCCUCCUGGCGAUGUGGUCUUCCGUCCAAGCACGCAUCCAUACCUCCCCGUCCGCUGCUCAUGGGCCGAUACGUGCACCGCUGCCGUAUAAUUCGUCCCAGUCGGCUGUAUGUGCCGUGUGGUUGUUUGUGAAUAUCUGGCUCGCGAACCUCGUUCGGGCCAAGAUGCCUUCCUUCAACCUGCCUGCCGUCAUAUACAGCAUCUUGGUGAAUACCAGCCUGACGGCGGGUCCUACAAUUGACACGACGACGGCAGCCGAGGCCUUUGUCAGAGAGUUGCUGCUAGCAAAUUUAUUUGGUAUGGGGCUAGCCGCGGGCGUUUGUUACUUCGUCUUCCCUUUGAGCAGCCGCAUGGUGGUAAUGGACGAGUUCGGGCAGCUGAUCGGCCUCUUGAGAAAGGUGGUGCGUCUGCAGGCUGAGCGCGUUGCCGCCUGGGCACACGCAGAAGAGCAACCGACUGCGGAAACGACUACGGAGCAUGGUGAGGAGCAACACAUGUCGCAGUGGCGGAAAGCCGUGAUGACGAGGGGCAAGGCCAAACUAGGGGCUGCAGCGACGGCGACUGGCCUGUCCGAGACGACCAGGGAUAUACGCCGCUUGGCUGGCAAGCUAUAUGGCGACAUCGCCUUUGCCAAGAGAGAUGUGGCUUGGGGCAAGCUGGACAGUACUGACCUGGCGGAUAUGUUCAAGCUCAUGUAUACUAUCACGAUUCCGCUCACUGGCAUAGGCGUCUUGGAGGAAGCCCACUUUCGUGGACCGGAAGUCAGCGACAGACCGGUGGGACGGAACCGGGAGAGAAGCGCAAAGGCAUCGAUAUGGAUUCAGAUGGCUGAGAAAAUACGCCCAUCAUUCCAGCGCCUCACAGAACCGAUCGAACAAGGGCUUGAACAUGCUGGCAUCUGCCUUGAAAUCCUCCCCGGGUCGAGGCACGGCAACGGAGACGGCCAUUUUCGAGCUGAUGUUGAGGGGCGGGGAGGCCAGAUCCAUCCGGGAGAUGAACGGUUGCGUGUCGUCAACGCCCACGCCCGCGAUAUAUACAUGCAAGAGGGCAACGCCCUCCAAGACUGGCUUUGCGAGCGGCUGCAGACGGUCGACGAAGACGAUGCUUCUCAAUCGCGACGCUUGACGGCUGAAGACGAUGGCUUGGCCAGCGAUCACUCUCAGCUCUGGGUGAGCGUAUACCUGGAACAACUGAUGUUCACUGCGAGCGAAGCAACUCAAAACCUUGUGGUGUUUGCCGACCGCAAGGUCAGCGAGGGCACGAUGAAGCAUAAACGACUGGUCUUGCCCUCCAAAUACCGCCUAUGGGGAUGGCUGAAAAGUGUCGCACGGAAGAGGAACUCGGGCGCAGCACAAAAUCCCGAGGUCUUGGAACCACAAGACGACUAUUAUGGAGAUUUUUUUUGGCCGAAGAAGGAUCCCGAACGCCUCCCCCCGCGCGGGACCUGGCAACACAUCGGAGUCUUGUUAGGCAAGGUCUCGAGUGUCUUGGGAUCCAAGGAAUCGGCCUUUGGAUUCAGAGUUGCUUGUGCCGCCAUGUCGGUGAGCAUUUUGGCCUUCCUGGAGAAGACGCAAAGCUUCUUCCAAGAGCAAAGGCUGCUGUGGGCCAUGUUCACCAUUGCGCUGGGCAUGACAAUGACUUCUGGCCAGUCUAUCUUUGGCUUCUUUUGUCGAGUUGGCGCGACAUGUGUAGCCAUGGCUUCGUCAAUCGCCAUCUGGUACAUACCAGACCAAAAGACGCCUGGAAUUAUUGUGCUCUUGUGGUUAUUCAUCUUUGUCGAGAACUAUUUCAUCAAAUUCCCCCAGCUUGCAACCCCUGUCAUAAUCACAGUUACGACCCAGCUCGUCAUCGUCGGCUACGAGCUACAGGUGAGAACGCUCGGCGAGGCCGUGGCCACUCGUUCAGGGCAGCCGUAUUAUCCAAUCUACCUACUGGGCCCGUACCGGCUCGCCUGCAUAGCCGGCGGGAGCCUUGUCGCGUUCUUUUGGACCUUUUUCCCUUGCCCCUUGACAGAUCGUACUUGGCUCAGGCAGGAUUUGUCUGCAAUCAUGUACUUGCUCGGCAGCUAUUUCGGUGUGCUGAGUUCGACAAUGGAAGCGCAGCUCCGCGGGGAAGCCGGGCGCAACGAUUCAGAGGCGUCACCGAUCCGCCGCCUUGUGAAAGAUCGCCGCAAGAUUUUCGGUAAAGUCAUGCGUCUCCUCUCCUCCAUUGAAUCUCAUAUCAGGUGGCAGCGAUGGGAGCCCAGCAUAGGCGGCAGUUUUCCAACCGCGGCGUACGAAGAGAUGUUUACGCGCGUUACCCGCAUCACGGGGUAUGUGAUGUUGAUGAGUUAUGCCUUGGCUGACGCACCGUUGACAGAGACGUAUGGCCACGGUGGGAGAGAUGGACAAGAGGCAGCCGGAGUAUCAGGUGUCGACGUAGAAGCGCAAGAUAAACGGGAAAGCCCGCCGAGCGUGAAAGUUUUGCAACGAACAGAGUUGAUGCACCACACGGUUCCCUCAACGCUAAUCAUGUUGUCAAACGCGUUGCUUUCGGGUCAGAGAUUGCCGCCUUUCCUUCCCAUGCCUCAACAUGGUGGCACCACAGCAAAUCGGAAGCUGCAGCCGGAAAUUACCGCCAUCCUAGCAUCCAGAGGAGAUGGCAAUUCAACGCUGCCUUCCUCAACGCGCGCCUUGAAGAUGAUAGAUCUCCGCCAGCAGCGACACAGCCCGACCUCGAAGCAAAACACCACGAGUGGCUGUCAACCUCCAAGAGACGAUGUGCGAGGUGCAAGCGACGGCAAUUCUAUUUCAACUCAGCUUCGCAUAUACCUCCUAACGCAGGUAUGCGGCGCAUUAGUGUGCAACCAAGUUGAGGGUUUGGCGCGUGUAGUGGGCAGAUUGGUAGGCGUUGUGGACUUUGGUUCCCCCAUUGAUGCUGGCAAUGAGGACGUUGAUGUCGACGACGAUGCAGCAAGUCACAAGCUUGAGAAGCCAGGAUCCAAGGACAUUGCAGCUGCUACGCGUUUCUGA